AUGUAUUUUGAUUUACUAAGAGAAGAAGAAAUGACGAUGACAACUCGAGAUUCUAUGAAUUUUUUAUUAUCAACAACUCUAACUUCAAAUAAAAACACAAACAAUAAUAUUCUAUGUAGAUUUGGAGAAAAUUGUGCUAAUGUUAAUUGUAUAUUUGCACAUUUAAGCCCUGCAACGUUUGGUAUAACUGGCUCAUCAAUAAAUAAAUACAAUAUUGUUGUUAUUGAUUCACCUUGUAAAUUUGGAAGUUAUUGCACAAAUCCAAAAUGUCGAUAUUCACAUCCCUCCCCUGCUUCAUGUAAAUUACCAAUACCUUGCCGCAACGGAAAUAAUUGUGUAAGACCUGGAUGUUAUUUUCUUCAUUCAUGGGAUAUGGAGACAGAUAUACCAGUUAGUAAUCAAGUUUCUUAUGGACAUUGUAUGUACGAUCAUCCAAUGGGUAAGAAGGAAUUGUUGACAUAUAUUUCAGAAAGAGCAUUUGCAUUACCAGGACAAAUGACGGAGGGUUUACCAAAUAGUAGUAAUAAUGAUACAGACUCAGUAAUUAUUAAUAAUAAUCAAAGAGAAAGUAAAGGGGAUGAAACAGGAUAUCAGCAAGAGCAUUACAAUACAUUACAGUCUAGGAUGAACGAAUGCAAUGAUAAUGAGGAAGAAUAUGUUUUAGAUUUGGAUUUUGAUGAUCUAUUUCCUUUUUUAUCAUGUAUACAUGAGAAUGCAGACCAAUUUCUUUCAGGUGCUGCUGAAGAUGUAGGAUUGAAAGAUAUUUGUACAGCAAGAUUAGUCAGUUCAGAGGCAACUAAUGAAAAAUUCCCUUUCCACCAUGUUACCAAAUCUGUUUCAUCUAUAGUUGACCAUGCUAAAGAAUCAUCAAACAAGCUAAGAUCGGGUAGACAAAAAAAUCUGACUAACAUUCAUAGAGGUUAUGAAUCAUCAAAAGGAAAUAGUCGUUGUCGUUAUUAUGAUAGCAAUAGCAGUAGCAGCAACAAUGACAAUAAUACAGAAUGGAAUAAUAUCAUUACUAAAUCUGAGUCCUUGACAAAAAAUCAGAUUUUUUGA